UUAUUCAAGCCUCUAUUGAUGUGAAAGCUAAAAUCCUCGAUGAUGUAACCAUGCAUCAUCGUAUUGAAGAAGCGUCAAUGCAAGUAGUGAAAAGUUUUCAAAACGGAUGCCGAAUCUACUUUGCCGGCAACGGAGGAAGCGCUGCCGAUGCGCAACACUUAGCGGCUGAAUUCACCGGACGCUUCUACAAAGACCGUGAGCCCUUACCUGCAGAGGCUUUACAUGUGAAUACUUCAUUUUUAACCGCUGUAGCAAAUGAUUAUUCUUACGAUGAAGUCUAUCAACGUAUGAUUAAAGCACAAGGUAGAGCCGGAGAUGUGUUCUUCGGUAUUUCGACUUCGGGCAAUUCGAAAAAUGUGUUGCUAGCACAAGAAGAAGCCAAAAGAAAAGGCAUGUAUGUUAUUUCAUUAACGGGUGAAACUGGUGGUAAAAUGAAAGACUCUUGCGAUAUUCUUUUUAAUGUGCCAAGUACCGACACACCGCGGGGAUUUGGAACGCGUUUGCAAAAAGUGGUAAGCGAUGUACCCAAACCUAUGGCCCCCAUACAGGGCAAGCCUUUCCUGCAUUAUGUGUUUUUGUAUUUGCAACAAUACUACAUCCAAGAAGUAGUACUUUCAGUAGGUUAUUUACAUGAAGUGAUUGAAGAUUAUUUCAAGGAUGAAUACUUGGGAAUAAAAGUGCGUUAUUGUGUAGAAGAAAAACCGCUAGGCACCGGAGGGGGCAUCAAAAAAGCAUUCGAAUUAAUAGAAAACAAUGCCUUUGUGUUGAAUGGCGAUACUUUUUUUGAUGUAAACUUAACUGAAUUAGAUGCCUUUCAUAACAAUACCAAUGCAGACUUCUCAAUGAGUUUAAAGCAUCUUACUGAAUUCGAUCGCUAUGGCACUAUUGCUCUUGAAAACAGCCGUGUAAAAGGAUUUAAAGAGAAGACAUAUACGAAAGAUGGAUGGAUUAACGGAGGCGUUUACCUCACCUCAGCAGAGGUAUUAAACCGUUUUAAUUUACACGAACAGUUUUCGUUAGAAAAAGAUUUUUUAGAACGCCAUCUCGAU